UCCACCGAUGGGACACGGUACUUACUGCUGUUCUUGGAGCUUUGUUUGGACCUUCCAACAAACCACAAAAAAUUGAUUUUAUUCGACUGAUUUUGGACCUUGUUUAUCCCACUGCUUGGUGGACACAAUCUGGACCAUAAAGACCCACUGUCAUGAUUUAGGUCCCUGACAGUUGGACUCCUGAGUGUGAAGAUCCCACAGCACACACAGAUGAGGGACUCCAGCAAACAGAGGGAAUGUGGACCCUCCAUACAGCCCAGGAAGUGGUUCCACGUGCCCAACUUGGUCCAGUUCUGCAGGGUCCGAAUUCAGCAGUUCUUCUCCAGGUUGAAGAUCACAGAUUUUAUCAUCGUUGACACUUUGGGAGUUGGAGGCUUUGGUCGUGUCGAGCUGGUGCAGCUCAAAAGUGACCAAACCAAGACCUUUGCCCUCAAGAUCGUCAGAAAAUGUCACAUAGUUGACCCUCUCCACCAGCAACACCUCCAGUCUGAGAGAACCGUGCUGACUCAAGCCCACUGUCCCUUUAUUGUCAGGAUGUAUCAGACAUUUCAGGACCGGGAAAAUGUUUACAUGUUGAUGGAGGCGUGUCGGGGUGGAGAACUGUGGAGCAUCCUCCGAGACUGCGGUGCCUUCGAUGAAUCUACUUCUAGAUUCUAUUCUUCAUGUGUUCUGGAGGCGUUCUCCUACCUUCACUCCAGAGGUGUACUGUACCGAGAUCUUAAGCCAGAGAACCUGAUCCUGGACCAUCGAGGAUAUGCUAAACUGGUGGACUUUGGAUUCUGUAAGAAGGUAGGCUUGAGGAAGAAGACGUGGACCUUCUGUGGAACACCAGAGUAUCUACCUCCUGAGUUAAUCCUGAACAAGGGUCAUGAUCUUUCGCUGGACUUCUGGUCUCUGGGGGUUCUGGUGUUUGAGAUGCUGACAGGGAGGCCGCCCUUCUCAGGACCAGAUCCAGUGAAAACCUAUGACUUGGUGCUGGAUGGAAUCGACAUGGUGGAGUUCCCAGAGAAGAUCAGCAGGAAUGCUGAGCUGCUCAUCAAACAGCUGUGCAGAGAGAAUCCAUCAGAGCGACUGGGUAACCUGAAAAAUGGAAUCAAAGAUAUCCAGGACCACAAGUGGUUCGAGGGCUUUGAUUGGCAGGGGCUUAGAGAGGGGACUUUGGCUCCGCCCCUCAAACCUCUGGACUGGUCUGCAAACAAAACCCAAAAGUCUGAACAUUUUUUUGGAGAACCCGCCGAGCCGUUUCAGGAGACAAACUCAUUGCACUUUGAAUACUAGAGCCGAUCUUGAACAGGACCAGAUUAUAAAAUGGGCCUUGGCCGUGUAAAAAGACAAAAGAAUCCAG